ACUACCGCCACAUUCCAGUCCUCAGACCAGACUCCUUCACGUUCGCGACAUGGCGUCAGCACGAUCCACAACGACUCGUCUGUUAAAAGAGUUACAAGAUUAUAGCAGCAAUCCCAACGAAGCCUUACUUCAUCUCGGACCAAUCAAUGACGAAGACUUGUUUCACUGGGAGGCGGUUUUAAAAGGUGUUAACGGGACACCUUACGAAGGCGGCCUCUGGCAACUCCACAUCGAAAUCCCAACCAACUACCCCCUCUCACCACCUACCAUCCGCUUCAAAACGCGCAUCUCCCAUCCAAACAUCUCCUUCACAACGGGCGAGAUUUGCCUCACAUUAUUGACGACAGAACACUGGAGUCCGGUGUAUACAAUCUCCACUACAUUAUCGGCUAUUCAUCAGUUAUUGACAGAUCCGAGACCGGACUCGCCAUUGAAUGUGGAUGUAGCGGCGUUGUUGAGAGAAGGGGAUAUUGCGGGGUGGGAGAGUAUUGUGCGGUAUUGGACGGAGGAGGAGAGGUGGCAGGGUCCGUCGGGGAAUGUGAAGCCAGCUGCUAGAUGA